GGGCCGGGGCAAGGCGACAACCGCUCGUUACCUCCAUCCGAAGCCAGUUAUUAAAAACGUCUCGACGCGAACGGUGCGCCGCCCUGUAAUUAUCCAGUUGAAGGAUCGUCGCGCUGCGUUGUCACCACCGUCACCGGAUAUGCAAUACGUGGAUCCGCCCGCGCAACAGAUGAUGAACAUGAUGCCCAGUUACGGAUACGGGUGUGGACGCGGCGAUGCGAUUUCACCAGCUUCAGAUCUCUCGUCAUGCAGCAGUGCCUCUUCAGGCGCGUGGUGCGGCUGGCGGGAGCUGCCGGCGUACCCGCAGUACCCGUACUGGCCGCCCGCCGCUGCGGAGGAGGCGCGCGACCUCCAGCGCCGCUGCGCCAAGUGCCGGUGCCCCAACUGCUUGACAGAAGCCGCCGGCCUCGGACCCAACUACGGCAAAGACGGUGCUAAGCGUGAACACGUCUGCCACGUACCCGGCUGUGGAAAAGUCUACGGAAAAACCUCUCAUCUGAAAGCUCAUCUCCGCUGGCACACGGGUGAGCGGCCCUUCGUAUGCAACUGGCUGUUCUGCGGCAAACGCUUCACCCGCUCCGACGAGCUGCAGCGACACUUGCGCACGCACACCGGGGAGAAAAGAUUCGCGUGCCAACUCUGCACGAAGAGAUUUAUGCGUUCGGAUCAUCUAGCUAAGCAUGUGAAAACCCAUGCGAAUGUGACGAGGAAAACUAAGAAAACUGCCUCUGAAGAUAAUGAAGAGUCUGCUAAGACUACAAAUGAGAAAACUGAGCGGAGUUCCGUGGAACAGGCGCCGGCUGUGUCAAUAGGCAGCGCAAAUUACGGAACUGUGCCUGCUGUGAGUGUGGCUUCGAAGCAGAUUUCCAUGCCUCCUUCUCUAAACUACGGAGCAGUUGCGCCGAAUGUGUCUAGUGCCAGUUACAAUAGUGGAAUGGUGUUUGGAAGCGGCGCGGGCGCGGGCUGGGCGCCGGACAUGCGACAAGAGGCACUGUAUGCGCGACCGCUGCCCGCGGUAGCGGCCACCCGCCCUGUUUACCAGUACCCAACCCUGCCUGAUACUACCCGCCAGUAUCCUACGCACUUCCCUGCCUACCAGUGUGCUACGAAGGAAAACUAUACCAUGUUUCAGGGACAUUAUAAUCUCCAGCCGCCUGUAGCGCUUGGACAAUAAGUGAAGAACUAUUUUAAUUUAAGAUAAGAGUAUAUUGGCGAUCUAAAAUUGGUGGAGUUUUGGUAGUUGCAUGUAAUCCUCGUAAUGGAAGGGGAAGGCUAAAGGUUGCUUUUCAAAAAUAAAUGAGAGGUCAUAAUCGUAAUCGAUGUUAGUUGGAAUAUUUUCUGAGUUACCGGAAAGUUUAUUGUGAUCUAAUGUAUUUUACUGUACAUAUUUAGUUUCUUAUUUUACGUGCCUUGUUGGUAAAGUGUUAUGUUAAGUAGUGCAUUUAAAAUGAUUUCGAAAUAAAUAUCAAAUA